AUGUUUGAAGAAGAAAAAUGGCCUGAUGAUCCAAUUGAAUAUGCUAAAAACUUUUUCAAAGCAACUCCACAAAGUGAAAUAGAUGCAGCAGUUGCUGAAAAUGCUAGAUUGAAAGAAGAACUCCAAAAUCUUGAAAAACAAGUUGCCGAAUUACAGCAAAAAGUGGAAGAAAAUACAGAAUAA